UCAGCCAGGCGUAGCUUCUACACGAGAGCAGGUGGAGAGGGAGGAGAGAGCGAGGAGCUGCUCCACCAGAACGAGGAGAGGAUCAGGUGCAGAGAGAGGAGGAGACCUGGGUGUUUGGCGGUGUCGCUGUGAGUGCGCGUGUUGUUCGCCAUGGCUGGCAGCCUGUUCGGGAGGCUCUCCCUGGAGGAAGAGGACUCGGCCAACUCCCUGGAGGGCCUGGAUAUCAGAGAAGCCAUGCACCAGGCCCUGGACACACUAAGUGACAGCACAAGCUCCACCACUGCCAACGACCUGGACCUCAUCUUCCUCAAGGGCAUCAUGGAGAGCCCGGUGGUGAGAACAGCACCAGUCCGUGCCCAUGAGCAGUUUGAGGAGCCCAAGCUGGAGGCAGUGAGGGAGAACAACGUGGAGCUGGUCCAGGACAUCCUCAAGGAGCUCAACCCGCUCGCUGCCAGGAGCCGGGCAGUGGACGAGCUGGUCCGCAUCCUGAAGGAGCCUCACUUCCAGUCCCUCCUGGAGACUCAUGAUUCGGUGGCGUCCAAAAACUACGAGACCCCUCCCCCCAGCCCGUGUUCCUUCAUGGACGCAGCCCUCAACAACCAGCCUGUCCCCCCAGACGCGGUCAGGAUGGUGGGCAUCCGGAAGGUGUCUGGCGAGCACCUCGGAGUGACGUUUCGAGUGGAGAACGGCGAGCUGGUGAUAGCCAGGAUCCUUCACGGCGGCAUGAUUGACCAGCAAGGUCUGCUCCACGUGGGGGACAUCAUCAAGGAGGUGAACGCCAAGGAGGUGGGCAACGACCCCAAAGUGCUCCAGGAGAUGCUGAAAGAGGCCAGCGGCAGUGUGGUGCUGAAGAUCCUGCCCAGCUACCAGGAGCCACACACACCGAGACAGGCCUUUGUCAAGUGUCACUUUGACUACGACCCAUCCCACGAUAAUCUGAUUCCCUGCAAAGAAGCCGGGCUGAGCUUCAACAGCGGAGACAUUCUGCAGAUUUUCAACCAGGAGGACCUCAAUUGGUGGCAGGCCUGUCGCAUAGAGGGAGGCAGCGCAGGUCUGAUCCCGAGCCAGCUGCUUGAGGAGAAGCGGAAAGCGUUUGUGAAGAAGGACUCGGAGCUGGCGACCGCAGGUCCUCUGUGCGCCGGGAUGGGCAGUAAGAAGAAGAAAAAAAUGAUGUAUUUGACGACCAAGAAUGCCGAGUUCGAUCGCCACGAGCUGCGGAUAUACGAGGAGGUUGCCAAAGUCCCGCCCUUCAGGAGGAAGACGCUGGUUCUGAUCGGUGCGCAGGGGGUCGGCCGUCGCAGCCUAAAGAACAAGCUGCUGGUGUCGGACCCCCAGCGGUACGGCACCACCACGCCCUUCACCUGCAGAAAACCAAAGGUGGAUGAGAGGGACGGCCAAAUGUACUCCUUCAUGAGCCGCGGCGAGAUGGAGUGCGACAUCAAAAAUGCUCGCUUCUUGGAGCACGGCGAGUACGACGGGAACCUCUACGGCACCAAGAUCAACUCCAUACACGAGGUGAUAGAAACGGGGAAGAUCUGCAUCCUGGACGUCAACCCGCAGGCCCUAAAGGUCUUGCGGACGUCAGAGUUCCUGCCUUACGUUGUCUUCAUCGAAGCGCCCGAUUUUGAGGUUCUCAAAGAUAUGAAUAAGUCUGCGAUUGAGUCGGGAGUUGUUACCAAACAGCUAACGGACUCUGACUUAAAGAGGACGGUGGACGAGAGCGAGCGCAUCAAACGGGCCUACGGACAUUACUUCGACCUGUGCAUCGCGAACGACGGGCUGGACGCGGCGUUCCGCGGCCUGCGCUGCGCUCUGGACAGACUGUCGACGGAGCAGCAGUGGGUCCCCGUCAGCUGGGUCUUCUGAAAGCCCCCCCGCAGCGAGGUGCCGGGUCCCACGGGUCGAAGGCCGCGACACCGUGCUCAGCCCCGGAGGGGAGCCGGCGCCUGGCGGCGGCGCCGUGGCGACGGCGGUUCGUUUUCUCCUGGCGCGCACAUAGAAGCAGAGGAGCACCGCGGCGAUGGACACCACCAGGGCCGGGAACCUAGGAGCACACUUCCAUCAUUUCAAGUCUUCUGUGUCACGCGUUGAGCAGAACCUUCUGGGCUUUUAUGAAACUACUCACACAUAUUGGCAGAUGUUCACCGUCAUGGCUGGAAUUGAUGUCAAUUUGGUGACAUUAAUGUGAGGGGGGGGUCAAAAACAAUACAAUCAUGUGAGAAAAUGAACUUUCAUUGAAUGUCAAUUUUUGAAAUAGAAUAAUGUCCAUUGACUAAUAGAUACGACAUUAAGAAUCUGUUUUGAAAUGCAAUUAAACUGUGAUUGUGUGUAAAAUGGCGUGCUGACUGAAACCGUCGAGUGGGUGUGAGCUACAACCGUCUUCAUCACACUCUAAACAAUCGUUCCAGGUUUAAAGGCCUAAAAUGAUCCUUCAGCUUUUCGCCCACAAUGAUCCCGCUCUACAAACGCGUCACGCUAUAAAACCUUCCCGCUCCUCGUGUAUACGCGUAAAAGUAGUUUCAUUCUAACGCGUGUUACCGUGGCGAUGCAGACGUAUAUCACACGGCAGUCGGCUGAGUCUUUACCUUUAUCUGAGAAUCCAGACACACACAAACGGUCCUUCCCUCAGCAAUCAGAAGAUGAUGUGUCACUGAGGGAAGGGCACAACCUGAGGAGCUUUUACAGCAUUAUGGUCCUUUUUAAAGAGACACGGGGCGUGGAGGUGUGCUCCUGCGUCCUGCAUAUUUCCUGUUGUUGCCUAAAACCAAAUCAAGAACUGACGAAAGAUUCCUGAAGCCUCCUGAUUCCUGAGCCACGUGUCCGUGACGUCGAUGGAUGGAGAGUCGGGGGCCUCGUCCUUCCCUCCUCUUCUCUCCAACAUGGCAACAAGAAAACGACAAGGACGCUACCAGCGCACAACACGGGGGUCCUGAAACGAAGGAGCAGCUUACAGCGACCAUGACCACAUGACCACAUCAAAUCCAAAUCGCAGCUGAGGAAUCAGAAAAGUGCAAACCUCAUUUUAAAGGUGGAGAACGUGUUGUUUUGUAGCAGUCGUACAGGUCAAAGGGAGCUAUUUUUAUCUCUGUGCAUCACACGGACACAAACGAAGUCUCUCAGGAAAACGUAAUCAAUGAAUUACAAAGCUGCACAAUCCCAGAGUCUCCAACAGAGGACUUUUACUGUAGAGACUCAAUGGUGGCUCAAGGUUUAAACUUUUAUGGCACACGGCCACAUGAACGGUAAUAGACCCCGAGGCAGUAAAGUAAAAGUAACCAGCGGCGUGAUGAAUAGACAAGAAUGGGCCUCCUGUGAAAUAUGUCAAUUAUGGAACAAUAAACAAAGAGAACAGA